CCUCAUCAGCAGCAGCAGCAGCAACAACAGUUGAUAGAGCAUCAUCAGCAGCAGCAGCAACAGCAGCUUAUGGAGCAGCAUCACCAUCACCAGCGCCACCUUCCCCAGCAGCAGCAGCUCGGCUCGAGCGAGCGACCUCAGGGCCGCUCCACUGGCGACGAGGAUGAAGACGACGAUGAGGAGGAGGAUGAAGAGGAUGAAGAGGACGACGAUGACGACGAUGACGACGACGACGACGACGAGGAGGAGGACGAUGAGAUGGAGCUGCGGCGCUUAGCCGCGCGGGACCGCGUGCUGCUCGCCGGGGACGCGGAGCGGCAGGGUCUGGGGUCGGAACGGCCGGGCCCGGGCAGCGCGGACGGAGCCCUGUGGGAGAUGGGGUCGGGCUCGGCGCCGGCGCUGCUGGCGCUGGGACGACGCCCGGGCUCGGCGUCCGCGCUGCUGCUGCACGCGCCGCUUCCUCGCCGGAAGAAGGUGUCGCUGCUCGAGUACAGGAAGAGGAAGAAGCAGGGCGGCGGGGAGCUGCGCGCUCGCUCGGAGCUCCUAGUGCCACCCUCCUCCCACGUGGCCGCCUGGACCCCUGCGGAGCGCCGGGACCCCGGUUUCGUGGAGCGCUUAACGAGGACGGCACUCCCGACGAAAAAUCACGACAAAGAGAGAGCAGGGGCCGAGGAAGCGAGUGGAGAGAUGAGGCAGGCGUCGGCCUUCGGCCAGCAGAGCUCCAAAGCGCUGGGUUUGAGAUCCCGGUCGUCUGCUCGGGGCGGUGGGGGUGACGGCGCCCGAGUCAUCGAGCGGACCGCGACGCCUCCUCCUCCCCCCCCCACCUCCUCCUCCCCCGUCGCGUUCGGCGGGCACGCACGGCGCCCACCCCCACGCCGGCCCCACCGGCGUCAGCGCCGGCCCGGCCUCGCUUGCGGCUCCGGAUUUCCCGCCGGGCCUGCCCGCUAACUCGUCGAGCCUGGCGACGCUGCUGC